AAGUUUAUUUUAUUUUUGAGAAAAAAAAAUGGGUGAAAAUAUUGACGAUGAUGACUGGACUCCGCCCACUGCAGCAGAAAUGAAAAUUAUCGAAGCUAGACAAGAAAGGUCGAACCAAAUCAGUAAAUUAAUGGGAAGUUAUAUGCUAAAAGGAUACAGAAUGCUCGAUAAAUUAUGCGAAUGUGGGACGAUAUUUUUGCAAGAUAGAGACGGUACGAAUUACUGUGUUGCUUGUAACGAACUUGAGUCUGAAUGUGCGAAAGAUGAUCCAGUACUGUCUUCUGAAGCUGCAAGAGUGGCAGCCAUGGAAGGACAAAAGGAGGUACCGUCCACAUCUGUUGAUGUGAAAAGAGAAACAAUGGCCUUAUACCAAGAAAUUGGCGGUGGAACUAGUCCCAUGCCACAAGAUGUGAAUUCAAUGCCAGAUGUUUCCCAGAAGUUACCACAAACUCAUGAGCAAGGUGAUGCUUCAUGUGACCCCAUGGAAGACUCGCAAUGUGUAACUCAUAAAACAACUAUCGUUGAACUUCAGAGACAAAUUACAACUGCUACUAAGGAACUUCAAAAUUGCUCUUCAUUAGAACUCAGAAUACAACUUUGUAAUUUAAUUAAAUCCGCAAGUGAAGCUAUUAUAGCACUAAAUAAUGUAAACAAAUGUGUAUAGCAAUGUUCUUCAAAAUAUUUUUAUCACAACUCACUUGGUACCGGCAAAAUUUUUGGCACCCUCUAGAACAGGGCGGUCCAAACCUGGCAUGCGGGCCGCAUGACCCGAACAUAUUUCGUGCGACCAGUUGAACAAUUUUAGCAUAUAGAUGUGAGUUUUUUAGCCAUUCCAGCUGGGCUCGAGAUCCCAGGAUGUAAUCCCUUUUUCAAAAACCGAUGUUGAGAUUGUUGAUAUUUUUUAAAAUUACGGAAUUUUUAAGGUUGUAUCCAUAGCCAUUUUUCCAAUAAAAACACACCUCUAUUUUCUAUUGUUAACCAUGCGGCCCGCAAUGACUUCUUGACAAUUGUUGCGACCUUCCAAUCUUGGACCACCCUGCUCUAGUACUACAGUAAUUAUUGGAAGAAAAAUAUUAAAAUUGGCGUUACCUUUCAUUUGCUGACGUGCUUGCAUAUUCUCGCAAAAAUUAAAGAAUUUUGACUCUAUUUUGGUGAUGGUGGAUCCUUGUACUGGUUCCAGAUUUGAUUGAUAUUUUGUUAGUUUCAAAAUAAGAUUUUAAUGUGACCCUCAUUGACUAACUACAUGAAUUAAGAGGUGGAAUCUGGUCUUAUUUCUACCAAUAUAGGACAUCAGCAUUUUAGAAGAAGAGAUUCCCUUACAUACAAUAGAUAUACAGGGUCUUAAUAACAUCGUUUUACAAUUUGAAAAGGUUCUUAUUAGGGUAAAUUGUAAUGGUAUACAUUAAUAAAUAAAUGCUGCACAACGGCAGGAUUAUCAAUUUCAUCCAAUAUUUUAUGGUUAUGUAUAUUAUCAUACAAUACCUUUCAUACUGCACUGAUGGGCCAAGCCACAUAUAUCUAAUGACAUGUGAGCAGCUACUUUUGUUGGGGAGGACUCUAAUCUUUAUGCAUUAGCAUUGCAUACCUAAUUUAUUACAUCCUGGGUUAGGGAUGAGCAACACUAAAAUCUAACGCUUCAACCGCUGGCCAACUAGAUAAUACAUGGAUCUUUUGCGAUAACUAACUUUUGAAAAGCGUUUUUUUUUUAAAGUGAUCAGGAUAAUUAUUACAUGAAUUCCAACUGUUUAUAUAACGCAGAUUGGAUUUUCUAAUAUUAUGAAUCAUGUAUUUUUUUAUUUUCUUCAAAAAAGAUAUGGCUUGUAAUGUCUUGAUCAUACGAUACACUUAAUAUAAAAGUUGGCGCUCCAUGAGUGUGUGUACCAAUAUGGAAGUCACUAAUUUUGUUCGCCUACUUUACAUCAAGUUGUGUAAAGGUACUGAAUCCUAUGGGCAGGGGUUAUAUUCACAUGGCUAACACAGACAGUCCCCCAACAUGUAAUAGAACUAAAAUCAGAAUAAAAUCAUUGCCUAAGCUGAUACACACUACAGGUGCGAAAGAUGUAUAGGAAAUAGGAUAUGAUUGAGAUCAUUUUAAUCUUGAUUGAUCCACUUACAGGAAGCGUUGCCUCAAGAGUAAUCAAGUUUUGUUGUAUGCUGUCAUGACUUUAAGUGAUUUCUAUGUUCAUAUUGUCCCAUCCUUGAUGUUUUUAAAAUGUAAAAUGCUUGCUACAACGCUUCGCUUGUUACAACUUUCAAUCACAAUUUGUAUUUUUCUACUUCAG